UAAAAAAAUUCCAAUAAGGCGAAGCAUAGAUAAUAUCGAAGCCGCAUUUGUUUUUCUACUCCUCCCAACUCAACCAUCUGCUCUCUCUCUCUCUCUCUCAUCUCCACUCUCUCUCUAUAUCUCUCUCUUUCUCUAUCUAGAAUCUGUUGGUGUAGACUGUAGGCAAAAACGAUGGCGGCUCUUUCCAACUCGGUGAUCGCAACAAGGAAUCAUGGACUCCAGAUUUCUUCGGGACCUUCUUUGAAGAGAUCCAAUGAAUUUUUGGGGAGUGCAGUCCCUGCAAACUUGUCGUUCAAUUUGAAGCGUGUCUCCAAAAAGUCCUUCGCAGUUCAAGCGGCUUACAGUGAUGGUGAAAGGCCAAGUAGCGCAGGCAUCUUUAUUGGUGGCUUUGUUUUAGGAGGAAUUAUAGUUGGCACACUGGGUUGUGUGUAUGCACCUCAGAUCAGCAAAGCAUUGACUGGAACUGACCGAAAGGAUUUAAUGAGGAAACUACCCAAGUUCAUAUAUGACGAAGAAAAAGCUUUGGAGAAAACCCGAAAAGUAUUGGCUGAGAAGAUUGCACAGCUGAACUCUGCCAUAGAUGACGUUUCCUCUCAGCUCCGAACAGAAGAUGGCCCUAACGGAGUAGCUGUGGGAUCGGAUGAAAUUGAAGCUGCCAUAUAAGUUUACUUAGAGUUGCAAGUUUGCAAUAUGGUACCAGUUCCAGACUUAUGAAAUGAUAUCCAAACCUUCUUGCAUUACUUUCCUAUGUCUCCUGAAUCAAUAUAGAUGUUCCUUUCAAAGCACAGCUCUUAUCUUGGGAAUAUAGAUUUUUGCUGAUCUUGUGAUCCCAGACUAGUUAAAAAUUGAACGGUGUACUCACUUUUUCUUGCUUUAUUUCCCUCUGUGCAUAUUAUAAAAUUACUUCAGCCUGAAAUUUAGAAGGGUUUUCGCCCUUUUUAAGAUGCGACAGUUCUGUUUA